AUGUUUAUAAAAGCCAAUAAUAUUUCAAGACUAGUACCUAGAACAUCCUUAUGUUCUCUCAGAUUUUAUACCAAAUAUCCCACCAAUGACCAAAUUUUCGUCCACAAGACAGGAAAUAAUUACAAAUAUUCCUUGUCACCUGAACCGAGUUCACUUCCAAUAGGUUAUGGUCCUGCUCCUUCCGACGUCCCCGCUGAAAACUUCAAGCCAAACGAUACUUUCUUGCGACAACUCCAGAGAAGAAUAGGCUCUGACAUACAAAAUGAUUUUUCUUUCAUACUUGAGGCCGGAGCGAAUGCAGGCGCUUUCAUGCCGAUUUAUGAUUAUAGAGAGGUUCCUCGGUAUGGUAGGAUUCCUGAAGUUGACAACAUAUUUGGAUAUGUUCAAGUAAAUCAAGAAGGCACUAUAGUCCCUGGAACGUACGAAGAAAAUAGUUUUUACAGAUUAUGCAACGGUUCGGGCCCCAUAAGACUUAGCGAUUACCUUUACGACAAACUUAGAUCUGAUUGUGAAGCUAAAGCGAACAUUAAGGAUCAGUCGUGA